UAAUGACUGAAUUAUUCUCGUUGGGAACCCGAAAAAUAUGCGGCGGAUGGCAGACGUGCCAUAGUUGUCGUCAAGCAAUCCGAAGCAUCCCGACCUGCUCGGUCGGAGCGUAGCCUCCUUAUGCAGCUUUGAACCCCGGAAUCAAAUGAUUUACGGUAUGAAACCGUAUGAGGCGUUCGAUGAAAUGUUUAUUUAUAUAUAUUCGAACUUGGAACACCAGACAGGUUGUUCAUGGUUCACAGAGAACACAAGACAGCCAACAACGAUUUCCAAAGCCACAAAAUGAGUUGCAUCAUUCAUCUCGUUCUUUUGCUGUCUUUCGUCAGCCAUACAUUUGCACAAGUCGCUGGCUGGGGCCAAUGUGGCGGCAUCGCAUACACAGGCCCGACGACUUGUGCUACUGGCUUCACUUGCGUAAAGCAGUCCGACUGGUUCUAUCAGUGCAUCCCGGUAAGCCCUGUCACAACCACGACCACGACCACGACGAAGCCCGCUACCACCACUCGGCCUUCGACAACCAUAACUUCCACACGUUCUGCGCAGUCUUCUCUUUGCACUCUCUACGCAUAUGCCUCUGUGAACGGCUAUGACCUACUUAACAAUCUCUGGGGUCAGGACGACGCGGACUCGGGCUCUCAGUGCACCUACUACUACGGUCCUGCGUCUAGCGGUGGCCUAUCCUGGGGUACGACCUGGACGUGGAACGGAGCACCCAACAACGUCAAGAGCUAUGCCUACGCAAACCGUCAAUUCACUCGUCGCCUUCUCGACAACAUAAAGGGGCUUCCGACCACAGCUCAGUGGAGCUACAGCAAGGCUGACAUACGGGCGAACGUGGCUUACGAUUUUUUCACACACCCAGACCCCAAUCAUCCUAACUAUAACGGGGAAUACGAAGUGAUGAUAUGGCUGAACAAGUACGGAGACAUCUGGCCCAUUACAGAGAGCCCAUCAGGCAUGCCCAUCGCGCAGGUUCAGCUAGCCGGUUACACCUGGGAUCUGUACUUUGGUUACAAUGGAGCAAUGAAAGUGUACAGCUUCUUGGCGGCCUCGGGACCUAUUUAUAACUUCAGCGCCGACGCCAUGGUCUUCUUCAAUCACUUGGCCAGCAAUUACGCUUUUCCUCUGAGCAACCAGUAUCUCUUGAUCGACCAGUUUGGAACAGAGGCUUUCACCGGCCAAGACGCGACUUUCUACGUAUCAAGGUUCCAGGCCGAGGUCAUUGCAUGAGUUGAUAGGCUUCUAAUGUUACUGUUGUAUGUCAUGUUGUGUGGAAGGAAGACAUGAGUUCACUGCUUUCAAUCAAAGAAUAUGCCAGCUGCUCGAUAUUCAGAGCACCGUCAAUCGAUACACACCGUCUAAUGGCAUUACAGCAACUAAGCAAUCAAGGGCAGGCCGCAGACUAGAGAGACAGCAAGACCAUCCAUGCAAACAGGCGCAGACCGUUUUUGGUGAAGCGCCAGACUGCCCAGUUCUAGAGACGGAAUAGCAAAUCAAG